UCUGUUCCCGUCUAGACGAGCCUUUCACACGGAGGGGGGUGGCACAUGCCAGCCGGGCGCUUAACGGAGCCUCGCCGGCAGGAGGAGUAAAUGGGACCGCACAUCGUCCGAACGUUAGAAAGAUGGAGCGAUUUGUUCUGCUCGUUCUCAGCUGCUUUGGCGUCUCGCGGGUCUCAGCGGAUACCUUGUCCCCUCCUGUCAAUGUUACCAUCAAAGCAGUGAAAGCUAACUCUGCUCUGGUGACAUGGGACAUCCCCGAGGGAGACCCUGUCAUUGGCUUUGCCAUCACACAGCAGAAGAAAGACGUGCGUAUGCUACGAUUCAUCCAGGAAGUCAACACCACAACACGCUCCUGUGCAUUAUGGGACUUAGAGGAGGAGACAGACUACAUUGUACAUGUCCAGUCCAUCAGCAUGUUUGGGACGAGUCCUCAAAGCGAACCUUUAAGCUUCCGAACGCCGAAAGAGGCCGAUACUCAGGCUUCUAAGAAUAAAGACGAAGUAACGAUGGAGGAAGUGGGUCAGACCAACCAGUUGAGGGCGGGGGAGCUCAUCAUCAUUGUGGUGGUGCUUAUCAUGUGGGCAGGUGUGAUCGCUCUCUUCUGUCGCCAGUAUGACAUCAUCAAAGACAAUGAGCCCAACAACAACAAGGACAAAGCCAAAACCUCAUCAGAGUGCAGCACUCCUGAACACCCGACAGGGGGGCUGUUGCGUAGUAAGUUCUCCAAGAACAACAAUAGGAUGCAAUCUGUCAACAUCAUUGAAGUGUGACUGUCUUCUCUGUGACUUGGUGUUCUCACAAAUAAGUGGGCCCUUUUAAGUAAAUCUGUUUGUCAGAAUGCUUCGCUUACGUCUCCUUUGCCGCGGGCCUCCCAAUGAACCAAAGCUUGCGGGACUCCAGGGAUUCAGGAAGUACUUGGCCAGCCUGAGAAGACAUCCCACAGUGGAGCGACUGCAGGGAGAGUUGAGCGGAUCUGCCAUGCUUAACAACCAACGUACCAUGGGGGAGGCAGAGAUUAGGGUCAAAUGGUCCUAGCAGGGGACAGAUGGACCGAGUGCUGUUCAAGCAACCCCAAGGACCAAAGUCGAUAAGCAGAGUCGUCAUAUACUCUCCCGCUUUCUUCUGUCUUUGAGUGGGUUGUGAUUUGACAACAUUUGUGGGUAGUUCCCACUGUGUCUAAAUAUUCCUUUGUGGUGUGAUUUAAUCUCAUCUUCUAGGUAUUGUUUUGUCCUUACAUUCUCGAAUCCAACUUUCUUUGAGUGAGGGUGAAUAUUGUAUCAAUCAAGCGUUGUUUUGUUACACAAUGUACUGCCCCUACAUUUCUAUUGUUCUGGUACUUUUGGCACCUCAUUGAGACAGAAAGUUCUGCCAUCCUGUGGGGAAUAUACUGUAUGUCCGGCGAGCUUGUUUCCCCCCUCAGGGAAUCCAGACUGCACCUGGUUGAGUUGAGAGCAAUUUCUAAAAAUGAGCUGCGAUGACGCCAUUGCAGCUUCCAAGGGAUCGCUCACUGCUGAAGUUUGGUGUCACGUUUGGUCACAUUUCCUUUUUAACAUCGCCUUGUCUCAUUCAUGCUUUUAAUAGAUUCAGAUUCUUUAAAUUCCGACA